GACACCGGAGGAGCCUUUGAACCAUGUGGACUUUCUUGGGCAUUGCCACUUUCACGUAUUUUUACAAGAAAUGCGGAGACUUCGUCUCUUUUGCCAACAAGGAGCUGUUGCUGUGCGUGCUGGUGUUCCUGUCCCUGGGCCUGGUGCUCUCCUACCGCUGUCGCUACCGGAGCGGGGCCCUCCUGGGGCGCCAGCAGAGCGGCUCCCAGUUCGCGCUCUUCUCGGAUAUUCUGUCGGCCUUGCCUUUCAUUGGCUUCUUCUGGGCCAAGUCGCCCCCGGGAUCAGAAAAUAAAGAGCAGCUUGGGUCUAGGAGGCACAGAAAAGGAACCAAUGAUUCAGAAACAACCUUAAUAGGAGCAGCUGCCUCUUCAGUAUCUUUUCAAAAUGAUCCAGAAGUUAUCAUUGUGGGAUCUGGUGUAGUUGGCUCUGCUUUGGCAGCCAUGCUUUCCAGAGAUGGAAGAAAGGUGACAGUAAUUGAGAGAGAUUUAAAAGAGCCCGACAGGAUAGUUGGAGAAUUUCUGCAGCCGGGUGGUUAUCAUGUCCUUAAAGACCUUGGUCUUGAAGAUGCAGUGGAAGGUAUUGAUGCUCAGGUGGUAGAUGGCUACAUAAUUCAUGAUCAGGAAAGCAAAUCAGAGGUUCAAAUUCCUUACCCUCUGUCUGAAAACAGUCAAGUGCGGAGUGGAAGAGCUUUCCAUCAUGGACGAUUCAUCAUGGGUCUGCGGAAAGCAGCUAUGGCAGAGCCGAAUACAAAGUUUAUUGAAGGCAUCGUGCUACAGUUACUAGAAGAAGAUGAUGGUGUAAUAGGAGUUCAGUACAGGGAUAAAGAAACUGGGGACAUCAAGGAACUCCAUGCUCCAUUGACUGUUGUUGCAGAUGGACUUUUUUCCAAGUUCAGGAAAAACCUGAUCUCUAAUAAAGUUUCUGUUUCAUCUCAUUUUGUUGGCUUUCUUAUGAAGAAUGCACCACAGUUUAAAGCAAAUCAUGCUGAACUUAUUUUGGCUAAUCCAAGUCCAGUUCUUAUCUACCAGAUUUCAUCUGAUGAAACUCGAGUACUUGUUGACAUCCGAGGAGAAAUGCCCAGAAACCUAAGAGAAUACAUGGCUGAAAAAAUUUACCCACAAUUACCUGGGGUGGGAUUUAUUGCAGACCACCUCAAAGACCCGUUCCUGGAAGCCACUCAGAAUUCCCGUUUGAGAUCUAUGCCGGCAAGCUUUCUUCCCUCCUCACCAGUAAACAAGCGAGGUGUUCUUCUUUUGGGAGAUGCAUAUAAUAUGAGGCAUCCUCUUACUGGAGGAGGAAUGACUGUUGUUUUUAAAGAUCUAAAACUAUGGAGAAAGUUGCUAAAGGGUAUCCCUGACCUUUAUGAUGAUGCAGCUGUUUUCCAGGCCAAAAAAUCAUUCUAUUGGGCGAGAAAAACAUCUCACUCCUUUGUUGUGAAUAUCCUCGCUCAGACUCUUUAUGAGUUAUUUUCUGCCACAGAUGAUUCCCUACAUCAACUAAGAAAAGCCUGUUUUCUUUAUUUCAAACUUGGUGGAGAAUGUGUUGCUGGUCCUGUUCGGCUGCUUUCUGUCCUGUCUCCUAACCCUUUCAUUUUAAUUGGACACUUCUUUGCUGUGGCCAUCUAUGCCACAUAUUUCUGCUUUAAAUCGGAACCUUGGAUUACAAAACCCCGAGCCAUUUUCAGUAGUGGUGCUGUAUUGUACAAAGCAUGUUCUGUAAUAUUUCCUCUGAUUUACUCGGAAAUUAAGUACCUGGUCCAUUAAACUUACAGGGGAGCCAUUUGUGAACGAUUAUUUGGAACUCACCGAGUCCUAAGAGACUUUUGGAAGAGGCCGUACAUAGCAUAGAACUAUCCCACUUCUAAAGUGGAAACUCUUGGACCAAGAUUGGGGUUAAUUCGUUUUUGAAGUUAUUUGUAUAUAAACAUGUAAAUACAUACUUUGCAAUUUAAAAUGAAGGGUAAAACAGACAUUUAAAAGAAAUGAUUGUUAUCUUAAAUUAGUGCUAACACUGAGGAACUGCAGUUUUUUUUUUGAAUUCAGUAGCUGGGAGGAGUCAUUGUGGGACAUGCAAAUAAAGUGAAGAAUGAAC